GUCAUAUAUCGAGUUGCACUCGUACCUUGUACUUGCACUAAAUGCCAACCCAACAAUCACUUUUGUUCAACUAAAGAUUAUUCAAUAGCCCUCAUACAUUAUUUCAUUAAAGCUAAAAUCGGAUUGUGUGGCAUAAUCGUCAUUGUAGCAUUAAUUGAAGAUGCACGGAAACUUCUAUGAGUCAUCGUGUAGAUGACCGUUGUGGCUUACUUUCUACACACUAAUAUCUAAAAUACUCAAAAAUGUCAGAGGUAAAAGGGACGAAGGCCUUGGAACUAUGGUGUAAACGCCUAAUUAAGGAUUGCCCUAAUGUGCAGAUUGAUAAUAUGACUACAUCGUGGAGAAAUGGCAUCGCUUUUUGUGCACUAGUUCAUCACUUCAGGCCUGACUUAAUAGAUGUAUCAAGUUUAAAACCAGAAAACAUUUAUGAAAACAACCAGCAGGCAUUUAGUAUUGCAGAGAAACACCUGGGGAUUCCCGCGCUGUUGGAUCCUGAGGAUAUGGUAGAAAACGAAGUGCCAGACAGAUUGUCCAUACUCACUUAUUUGUCUCAGUUUUAUCAACGCCUUGGUCACACAGUGAACACUAAAGCAUCUGAAAAUGAAUCAAAAACCCCAGAGCCUCCGUCAACCUCCACAGCAGCGGCACCAUUCAAAUUUGGAAAGACAGGUCUAGACAAGUGUGCUGCAUGCGGCCUGCCCGUUUACCUCGCACAGCGUCUCAUUGUCUCACACAAGCUCUAUCAUAGGAGAUGUUUCCGUUGCUCCAAGUGCUCUGGUCACUUGAACCCCAAGAAUUUCCAAGUUAUUGAAGGAUCUGAAUUUUGUUGUGAUAGUUGCAAAAAUGAAAAGACAAUGCCCACAUUUCUUAAUAAUAAUGAUCAAAUAGGCAUGUUAGCAUUUCAUGAAGACUUGUCUAAACCUAAUGAGCUCCCCAGUGAAGAGCCUAUUGUCCCCAAACAUAAGACAAGGCCUCAGUCAAUCUUAGAGAAAAUAAGUUUGUUUGAAAAGCAAUCAGAUAAAGAAGUUAGUCUAGAAGACAAGUUAGUAAAUAUGUCCUUAUCUGACAACUUAGAUAGUAAACUCAAAGACAGUACACCUAGUGUUUUAAACACAAACAAGUUACAAUCUCAGGCAGCAGAGAAUAUGGAGACAGUGGUGGACAAUUCCGGUGCUAAAGAAGAUAGCGAAUUAUUUAAGCAAAGCCCUGAAAAAGUUUACAAAAGCAAUAUAAACAAAUUCAAUUUCUUACAAACGCAACUCGCUGAAGAUACGAACGGUGACGGUGACAAUCAGUAUACUGUCGGCGAUACUGAGAUCCAACACGAAAAAUUUAACAAUUCAAAAGAUGAUAACGAAAUCAGUGAUUCUGGUUUUAAGGAAAAAUUUGACUCAACCGAAAGUGUGCGUAAAGACGAGAGUAACAUGACUGAUGAUAUUAGACUAGCGAAAAACCAUUUUAACUCGCCGCCUGAAACGGACUGCUCUCCAACAGAAACAAAUGAAACUAGUAUGAUUGAGCCACAAAUAUCGAUUAGUGUGCCCCCACGGAAGAAAAAAAACUUAACGCCUAGUGGAAAAUCGACAGAAGUAAAAAAAGAGAACAGUGAGAAAAAACUCGCCACUAAACUUUAUCCUGAUCAUUUAAACCCGUUUUCCGACGACGAGGAAGAGGAGGAAGCCAGCAAAGAGACGUCAAAGCCAGCAAGUACCAACCCUUUUGGGAGCAGUGACGAGGAGGACGAUGACGUACCGCCGAUCCAUCCUCCGAGGCUACCCACAGAACAAACCUCUACUCCCACGAAACGCUUGAUUGCUGCCAACCCCUUUUGGUCUGACGGUGAAGAACCCUCGUCCGAUGAUGAACCUCAUAAUGGAAGCACAAACAUGUACAAGUCGUCAUUGACCACAAGCACGCCGAACCUGCCAAGCGGUCGUCGGAAGAAAGUGAAGGCGCCACCGCCACCAGUUCUCAAGGUCACAGAGGUCCCUGCCACAUCCAUGGACGACGUUGCCAGCAUAUCCUCACUCAGCUCCUACACUUCCACCGUACAUUCUGACCAAAAAUCAUAUGGCAUGUCGACCCCAAGGCUUAAAAAGAAGCGUAUGGCGCCAACGCCACCAGACAGUAUGUCCAUGUCCUGCUGUGGUUCUAUGGAGAAAGGUGUUGACCACUCCGACCUACGGAACAACUCAGAUGGUGGUCGUCGUCUAAAAGGUCCGGCGCCCGGUCUCCCGUUGCCGGAGCGACGCGAAGUGAAAAUGCAGAUGUCCCCCGAAGAGCUGCAAGUCCAACUCGACAUGCUGGAAACGCAACAGCUGGGUUUAGAACGGCAAGGUGUGCUCAUCGAACAGAUGAUCCGGGACAAGUGCGAAGGAGAGGACGCAGUACCCGCGCCGCAGGAGGAAGUGGAAGAUCUCGUGAUUCAACUCUGCGAGCUGGUCAACGAGAAAAACGAUCUGUUCAGGAAACAAACGGAGCUCAUGUACAUUCGUCGACAGCAGCGAUUAGAGCAAGAGCAAGCCGAUAUCGAGCACGAAAUCAGGGUGAUUCAGUCACGGCCCGCGGUUAAUCGCAUCGAUGCUGAUAAGGCCCGUGAGGAACAACUAGUGUCGCGUUUGGUACAAAUCGUGCGCAUGCGCGACGAGCUCGUGCAGCAGAUCGACGCCGAGCGCCGCCGCGAGCGCCAGGAGGACAUGGCCAUCGCCUGCUCCAUCGCCACCAAGCGAGCUCAAAGGAAUAGCGACUCCAACAGUUCGUCAAUGAAGUCAACAGAAGUCGUCCCGACGCCCAAGAAAAACAAAGUAAAGGACAAAGUGAAAAAGCAACUGAAAAAAGCAAAACACACUCUUAUUUCGAAGAAAAAAGAUGAAUCUGACAAAAAAGAGGCAAAACCCGAAAAAGAAAAGAAAUCAAAACAGUAAGAUGUUAUAGGACGAGUAAUUAAGUGAAAAAAUAGCAAGAGAAAGAAAAAUCUAGACAGUAUUUGGAACAAUUACAGCGGUCAAUAAACGAAAAGACUUGAUGACAUUGAUCAAUUAUCAUAGUAUGUAGGAGUAUCCAUUUUUGAUACAAAAAAUAAAUAAUCUACAUUCGCAAUGUUAAUAGGUAGGCUUGCUUUGUUCAAAAUAAUAAAUUAAUGUGACGUUCCACGAGUUAAGGGUCAUUGUGGCAGUGAUGUAUUUCACAUCACGGGAAAAUGGUGUUUCGGACAUGUAGGAGCGUGCGAAGAGCUCUAAUAUUAUUGCGGUGCUAAAGAAACGUAAGAGCCAUAAGGAACCUUUACUCGUGAAACAUCACAAAUGGCAACUAGCAAAGAUAUUCAAAUAUAUGUAAAAUACGCAAAUGUAGUAAAUAGCACUGUGAUUAGUACUUACGUAUUGGUAAACUAGUGGAGACUAACAAACUAGUAUUAUUAAUAAUUCGCUACUUAUAUUUACUUCUUAAUUUUGAUAAUGGACACAAUUUCGUACCGUUUGUACGUAACAGUUUGUAUUUAUGUUUGACUUACGCUAUAAGCGGAGCUGUUUUGAUGUCCACAUAAAAUACUUUACAUUAUUAUUAUUUUUCAUAUUUUGAUGCUGUUUUUUAUUAAAGCAUAAAAGACAUUUAUAAUGUGUUAAUUAUACUUAAGUGGCAUGGCGUACUAAAGUACUUAAGCAAGACUGAAACAUUCCACAAAAUUAUACAUACAUAAUUAUAAUUCAUUCAUAAAAAUGAAUACUUAAUGAUUGGAGUAAUACGUGUCAUAAAAAUGUCUUAAUUUUAAUUUAUUUUCAACCAGGUAUUGUGCCUAUAUUGGUAAUGAAUUACGCUUAGAUGUUACUAAAGGUAGGUAAAGGUCAUUUUAUAAUGUUCGAUAAUAUUUGAAUCCUUUAGAUCAGGGGCCCGUUUCUCGAAGCUACAAGUUACAAUUUACAAGCGGUUGUCAAUGUCUAAUAUGAUAAGUUGGAAAGAGACUUCCGCUUGUAACGUGUAACUUUCAGUUUUGAGAAAUGGGCCCCAGGAAGGAAAGCUGUGAAAUAGAAUCUGGCUUAGAGCAUACAAUAAUUUGAGUAGCGUUAUAUGUCGUGUAUUUUAAAAAAACGUCUGCCGAACAGAGCCUAAAGAAGUAAAAAAUAUUACUCUCAUUUUAACGCAUCCAAACUUAUCGGGCAUGUAAUGUCUGUAUACAUUUUUUUUGCACAUUGUACAGGAUUUUGACAAACGGAUGGAAUAAAUAACUGAAGGGCUACUCUUUUACUGUAUACUCUAUAAGGAGUCGAGUGAAAGGACAGGGGUAGAAACUAAAUGGCCUGUGAAAAAACGCCAAUAUUAGAUAUUGUAUGUCUAAAACGAUGCCUAAAGCAAACUGUUGAAUUUUUUAUUACUAUGGCAAAAAAAAUGUUAGUCAAUAAUAUUGUGCCACGCUAACGUAAUCUUAAACUUCGUUAAGUAGUAUUGUUAAUAUAUCGAUAUACACUACACCGUAGGCUAAACACAAUAUGCGAAUUUAUGUUCUCACAAAAAAGCACAAAAAUAUUUAUAUCUCGAAUUACAACCAAACCUCGGCAACCUACACGUAUGGAUAGAACCUAUAUAGUACGGUGAAUGCAUUUGUUUUUAUUAAGAUUUUGUUUUUUAUUUUGAAGUUAUUUGUAGUUGUCAAGUAGCAAUUUUAUACACGGUUAAAACUUUUCGUCCGAGUAAAUUUUACUGCUUAAUAUAUGUUAUUAAAUAAUAUUUAUUGAUUAAGUAAAGAAACGCCAGUUUAGUAACUCUCUAAUAAAUGUAUAAAGUUACAUUUUGUCCAAUUCACUUUAUUAAUAAUCUUCGCAAGCUGAGAUAGCGGGUGUAACAUAUAAAGAGCAUUACCUACCAAAAAUAUUAAGUAAACUUUUGAAUGCUGUACGCGCCGCGCCAUCCCGAAGGUUCAUAUUCGGCAUAUUAUGCAUAUACAUGUAUAUAUAUAUAAUAUGCCGAAUAUGAACCUUCGGGAUGACGUAUUUGGCACAAAACAUUUGAUCCUGUAAUAGAUGAUACUAAAAUAUACACUAAACUUUGUACUUGGUAGCUUAUUUGAUUGGAUGAUAGUAUUGGCAGUAAAUAGAUAAAUAAGUAAGUUUUGGAUACAGUUCUUUUUUCCACGCCGGCUUAUCUCAUCUUUGCCGCAAAUUUAACUCUAAACUGGCAAUAUACUCAUAAACUGUUGAAAUACUCCUGUCUUCCGAAUUAUUACAUGUAUGUUAUGUUUGUACGUAUUUAAUGCACAGGGUUUAUUAUUACCGCAAAAAUUACUAAUUAUUUACAUGGAAAAAAAAGCUCGAAUGAGAUGGUCACGUUUUUUAUUAUCCUUAAUUAUUAACAUUCUGUUUGUAUCAGUGCACUUAUACUUCAAAUAUGCAAAAUAAAGAUUUAUUUACUUUA